UGCUUCCGGGUCAGCAUCCAUCUGACUGAUUCUGAGGCGUCUUCUGUGGCCCCGGAAGCGGCUGCUUCGGCCCUUGACGACCUACCCGGCACGAACUGGGACCCGGCCCCGAACGAAAGGAGUGACUGCGGCGCCCACUAGGCCCGUCUUUCUGUCCUCCCUGAAAAUGAUGUCGUGUGUUCAGGUCAUUCAAAGGCUGAUAAAGUAACUUCUGCAAAAGGCAUGCGUGUAGCUCAGCAUGGAGCAAAGAAGAUAGUAGGAGAAGGUGGAAGAACUCCCAAACAGGAUGGCCUUCUUGGACAACCCAACCAUUAUCCUGGCUCACAUCCGACAGUCGCAUGUGACCAGUGAUGACACGGGGAUGUGUGAAAUGGUCCUGAUUGACCACGAUGUCGACUUGGAGAAAUUCCAUCCCUCUUCAGCCAACGGGGACAGUGGCUCAGAAACGCAGGGCAGCAACGGCGAGUCUCAGGGUUACGUAUACUCCCAAUCAGUCGACAUUACCUCAAGCUGGGACUUUGGCAUCAGAAGGCGGUCGAACACAGCUCAGAGACUAGAACGGCUACGGAAAGAGAGACAGAAUCAGAUAAAAUGCAAGAACGUGCAGUGGAAAGAGAAAAACACAUCCUAUUCAGUCGAGGAGCUGAGCUUGCUUUUUGAGAAGAAGAACUUCAGAUUAAAGCCUCCACAUGCUGUGAAGCAGUCGAUCCUUUCAGUCCGGCUGGAGCAGUGCCCCCUGCAGCUGAACAACCCGUUCAAUGAAUAUUCAAAAUUUGAUGGCAAGGGCCAUGUUGGAACAACCGCCACCAAAAAAAUUGAUGUCUACCUCCCGCUGCACGCCAACCAGGACAAGCUGCAGCCCAUGACUGUGGUGACUAUCGCCAAUGCCAAGGUGCAUGACUUGAUUGGGCUUAUCUGCUGGCAGUACACAAGUGAAGGACGGGAACCCAAACUGAAUGACAAUGUCAAUGCUUACUGUCUCCACAUUGCCGAGGACGAUGGUGAAGUGGACACGGAUUUUCCACCCUUGGAUUGCAACGAACCUAUUCACAAGUUCGGCUUCAGCACGCUGGCACUGGUCGAGAAAUACUCAUCACCCGGCUUGGCUGCCAAACAGUCGCUCUUUGUCCGAAUAAAUGCUGCGCAUGGAUUCUCGCUUAUCCAGGUGGACAGCAUGAAGGUCACCAUGAAGGACAUCUUACAAAAGGCCUUGAAGCGGAGGAAGGGAUCCCAGCGAGGCUCAGUUUUAACUGCAUUGGAAAGAGAACAUAAUUCCGCCGCCCAGGGUUCUGUUUAGAAAAAGUAGUUGAGCAC